GUCAUGCCAUCUCUUUCGCGCAUGUGGACGCAUGUUAUAUGUAAACAUACUCGUUGGUUGAUGUAAAUCUGGAGUGCAGAAUUUUGUUGAUAAUUUGCAUCGAAAUCGACUGUAGUUUAGUGUAAAUGUUGCUAAUAUUAAUGGGUAAGGACCGUAGGUUUGGCGUGCAACGCAUAUAAUCGUCGUUCAAAGAGGCUGCACGCCCGCGGCAGCGCGAAAAUGUGACCAGGCAAAACAUCCGGCGUCGGAUAAACAAAAUGAGCUGCUGUGCUGCUGUAGGAGAUGAUUUGCAAGAGGGCAAACAACUAUACAUCGGCAUCGAUAAAGGUGUAGCAACAUAAAACGGCAUUGCGACACUACCGUAGAAUGUUUUUGUGGAAUGACGAUCUGGGAUGGUUAACUGUGGGCAUCAGUGCUCGCAUGUUCUCAAACCCUCAUGCACUGAUAUGCACAUCAAGGGAAAGCAGCUAGUUAACGAUCAAGUAACGAUCAGCUUCGGAACCAUCAAACGGUAUAGCACGCGAAUGGCCUCGUCAGAUGGGGCACGGAAAAAAAUACAUUAAUAAAAGGAUCGUUAAAAGGUUAAGGGCGAGGGCUUCGCCCAAUUCCCUCAGCGUCAAGGUCGACAGCAAAUGAAUACUGUACAUAAAAGGCCAUCACCAGAUCAGCAGAUUCAACAGCGUAACAUGUACGAGGAAACUGAGGCAACGGAGCGAAGAUGUAAAUAUGGCACAUAAACAUGAAAUGAAGGAGCCCGGGGGGUUAAAGAGGAGGAGUGGUGAAGUGUAUUUAUUUUUGUGGCCAUUAAAUUUUGUAAAACACUCGCAGACCAGCGCGAACUUUUUCGCUGGCGAUCUACUUGAAUCCUCAAAAAUCCACACAACGCCUUUCAAAAAACCUCGCCAGAGUUCGAAAAAUCCUCGCUUUUGGAGCGCUGGUGAGCUCGCAAAAACCGGGUUUUUGCCCUGACAUGUUUCGUUUACUUCCCGGGUUUGUUACUUGCUAGUCUCGGGUAAACGAACGCAACUUCUUGGAAUUGGUGAUAAAUACAGAUUGAUCGGCGGGUUGAUAAUUUAAAAUCGACCAAAAACGAUCCAUUUUUAAAAAGAAAAGGUGGAAAUUAUUCCUUUUUACGAUUGAGGAUAAGGUGAACACGGCUAUUUUUAAUAGCAUGGUUUAAACGUGCCGGUUAUUGAUGCCUUUUUUAUGACCGUUUUUGAGAACAAUAAAAGUAUGCAUUUUAUUUAAUGCACUCCAUUUUUUUUUCUUGGUUAUCAAAAUGUGGUUAUCACAUUUUCUACAACAAGAAUGGACACAUUUCGAUGGGUUGUAAAAGGGAUGGGCGUUGUAAAGUGAAUGUAACACUGUAUGUAACCCACGCAUAAACAAAACUGAACAAAGGACGGUUCCGGGAACGACUACCAGAGAGCGCUUCCGAAGCGUGUACGCGAGCAGAUUUGUUUGAAAUCUCGAGCCCAAACGGAAAAGUGAUUUUGUUUUGACCGGAGCUGACAGUUGGAAAGCAAAGCUAGGGAAGCGGCGUCUCGGGAGGUUUCCGCAACGAUUUCCCAAUCGUAGGUGUUUGACGAGGUUUAAGGAAGAAAAGCCGAACUAAAAAGCGCAAAACACUUAUUUGUUGUUCCCGAUACCAGAAAGAAAAUAAAAAAAAUUGUGUUUUCCGUGUGUGUGCCGAAAGAAAGUUAAUGCCCAGUGUAGCAGAAGCAACAUGAUGUACGAUCAGCAGAUCGACGAGAGAGGCUACCUGGUGUACCGGAACCGGUACAACGGCAAGACGGAGCAGGACAACCCGAACCUGCUGUUCAUUUUACUGACAAUCAACGAAAAGUAUGCUGGCGCCCGCUACAGCACGUACCGUUGCGCUGGGAAGCUACACGCCCUCCAGAAAGCCCUGCACACAUCGUACAUUCCGUUCGAGAUGGUGCAUUCGAUCCUGAACCGCCACCAGCUGAACCUGAUCGACAGUGCGCCGUCGAUCAAGCCGGGCCAGCUGGCGAGCGUGGUGCACGACGUUUACUUUGCGGCCGCCCGGAUGGGCUACUUCGAUGAGCUGCCGGCCCGCCCAAACCUGGACGCUGCCAGCGCCCUGCUGGCCGGCUUCCUCUGGGCCGUGUUCGACCCGAAGCGCACCACGCCCGUGUCGGUGCUCGAGUUGCGGCAAGCGUUUCUGCUGCUGUGCGAUCACGCCACCCACGGCCAGCUGGUGUGGGAGCACUUCCGGCUGACCAGCGACCACAACCUGUGCGUGUCGCGCCACCGGUUCGAGGCGAUGCUGACCGUCCUGUCCAAGGUGCUGACGUUUCUCGGCGAGCCGGACCACCUACGGCCGUCGAUGGUGCAGCAAAUCACCGGCGAAUGUUUCGCCAAUUACCCUGGGCUGGUCGGGCUGACCGAGUACCAGUUCUGCUGCCUGUGGAAGCUCUCCUCGCUCUUCUCGUACUACGCGAACGUGGUCACGCUCUGCAAGCGGCUACACGACACGGAACACAUCACCCACGGCAUGCCGUGCUACGGUUGCCGGGCCCCGAUCCGGGGCCUGCGCUUCAAGUGCCAGCGCUGCCGGCACGUGUCCCUCUGUCUCGAUUGCUUCACCGCCGGCUACAGCAGCAAGCGGCACAGCAUGGCGCACAAGAUGUACGAAAUCAGUGCCGGCGAGGGCGAGACCGGUUCGCGCUGCACCGCCUGGGCAGACAAGGUGUGGCGCUGGUUGCGGGUGACGGCGACGGGAGGGGCCAGUGGGGCCUCUACUGGCAGCCGUGCGGCGGUGGCCGGCGGUGGCAACGAUGGCCUGCCCAGUGCGCCCUCGACGUACGAGAAUCUGGAAGCGAAGCUGAUCGACACGAAGGCGGUCGAUCUGGGACAGAGCGAGGAAGCGCUGGCCGGUGAGCCGGAUGCGGGCGGCGAGCGGCGCGGUACGGCGCAGCGCCGCGAGUCGAUCAUUAGCAGCACGCUCAAGCGCAAUAUGAGCCUGUUCAGCAGCGUGGAGUACGGGGCAUUUAACAAUACGCAGCAGAAGAAUGUGCUGGCACGGCUAGCGGCCACGCUGGAGACGCUCGAGGAGCGGCACGAAGCGACCCGUACCCGGCUGGCCAAACGAGGGGAGGAGGGCGGUUCGCCGACGGCCGAUGAACUGCGCGCCCUGUUCGAGCAGUACGUGGCACAGGUGGCGGAGGGUUUGGCGCAGCUCAAGGAUGUCGGGGCGCAGCUAGGGCAAGGACUUCCCCAGUGCUCUAGCACACCGUACCGCCAGGCAGCGUCACUAACAGCCAAUUGUUCCAGUGAAGUGGAGAGAGAAAAAUCGAUGGGACGCUCGCGGAUAAUGGAAAAGACGGAACUGUCCGUGCGGGACAUCAGCACCUGGUUCCACAUCGAGCUCGACCGUGCCCAGGCCGGCGAAACGGACGCGAAAGAACCCCUGUCGGGCGAGCGGCCGCUGCCACCAAAGCGGGACGAGCUGUCCUGCCGCAUCGAUCGGCUCAAGAUGGACACGCAGAUGGCCAACUUCCGGGACCUGCUGCUGAAGGUGCGCGAAAUCGUGGACGACUCGUACAGCGACAACACCGAGCUGGCCCGUUCGACGCAGCAGAUCGAGAAGGCGCUCGACCGCAUCAUCGCCGAGGAGGAGCAGAAACGGGCCCAGCAGUCGCCGCCGUCACCACCGUCAUCAGCGCUGUCCUUGCUUCCGGUCGUCUAAAAAAGAAAAACUCACCCACGCACAGACACACAAACACACAAGAGGUCACAUUAGUUAAGUGAAAAGAGAACUAUUUUGUUUUAAUCGAUUUGUGAAUAAACUUUUAUCCUCUGACGGCA